AUGUCGAGUAUCUUAUAUUGGAAUGUAAGAGGUGCUGCAGACUCCAAACUGCCUGAUAUUAUUCAGGAUUUGAGAAGAAUAUAUAGAUUUAAUGUCUUGGCGAUUUCUGAGCCUCGAAUUAGUGGAGACAAAGCUACAAAGGUUGCAAAAUCUUUGGGCUUUUCGUCUUUUUCUAUUGAGGAUGCUAAUGGAUUCUCUGGUGGUCUUUGGCUUUUAUGGGAUGAAAGCCAUGUGAAACUUGAUGUGGUGGAUAGUAAUUUUCAGUCUAUUACCUCUCUUGUCACUGAAUCUUCGGAUAAGCAAUGGUUCUUCACUGCUGUUUAUGCGAGUCCUGAUCCUGUUUUACGUGAAGAGUUAUGGUCCUAUUUGGAUAAUUUUAACUCCCAUUGUACUAUCUCUUGGCUUAUUGCUGGUGAUUUUAAUGAGUUAAUUUCAAAUGCGGAUAAACAAGGGGGACGAGCUGUACUUGGUGGGGGUAGCUUUGCAAAUUGGGUUGACAGAAACUUCAUGAUUGAUAUGGGCUACAUUGGUGCUGAUUUUACUUGGAAGGCUAUCAGAAAUGGGGAAGAGAUUUUGGAGAGAUUGGAUAGAGGCCUUUGUAAUAUUUCGUGGAGACACGAGUUCCCAGAUGCGUUUGUUCAGCAUGUUGCAAGACUUAAAUUUGAUCAUUGUCCUAUUUUUCUCAGUUUGAGUAGAGCUCAAACCCCUUCUCUAACUCUCAAACCUUUCCGUUUUUGA